AUGUCGCACAAUUUUGAACCGUUGAAACUAGUUCCGGCGAACACGACGUGCGCGGAAUGUCAAAAAGCGUUGAAACCAAAGGACUCCGCUGUACGUUGUGUGAACUGUGGCCUCGUCGUCCAUGCCAAAAAAUGUGAAGAAAAACUGAAAAAGAAGAAAUGUGUAGAAAAACCAAAGAGCCCCACAUCUCCAAGUGUUCAAGCACAAAACAACACAAAUUCCAAUUCUGAUGAAAAAAUAGAUGCAGUCGAAAAACUUUCUCCCGAAGAGAGAGAAGCAAUUAUCAAAGAAAUUGAAACGGAGACCAAAGUCAAAAUUGGUAUUCUGAAAAAGCCACAAGUAGACGCUUUGAUAUUUUCUCAUAUGAACAAGUCAAGCUCUAAAAAUAUGAAGAGAGAAGAUGCAACACCAAGCGGUAUCAUUUCAAAGUUAUUAAACUCAUCAUUUACACUUAAGGAUGUACAAGAUGUCUCCAUCACUAUGAGAACAUGCACCAACGCAUUUUUGGACCAAUUCAUCUCAAACAAAGGUGUAGAUGCUUUUUUCAAAAUGGUCUCACGGUUUAUUCUCGGCUCGACCUUCAAACCAACUGAAAUACCCGAAUUUGAGAAGUUCAUAUUUGUCAUCCUCAAGAAGUUAAUGCCAUCAGAGAAUGUUAUCAAGGAGAUUGUUGUGAACUUGGAUUAUAUCCAAUACAUCUUGUGUAUCAUGUGGUUCAAGACCGUCACCCCACAAGACCGAGUCUUUUUAGUGAAUAACAUUCUCAUAAAAGCUGCUGGAAAUCCUAAAGAGAACCCAACCCUUCCAGCUAAGGUUGAUGUGAGAAACAUUAUUCGAGCGUCCACAGAGCUGAAGAACAAAAGAAAGAAUCGAAUCAGAUUUGAAUGGCUAAUGAAUUUGUUUGAAACGGACAACCAAGACCUCCUCAAGGCAACAAUGACACUCAUCGAGACAAUUAUGAAAAACAUUACAAACUUUUAUCUUCGAGUCGACUUGCAAAACGAACUUGUUUGCCUUGGACUCACGAAAUUUGAGGCAAAAGUUUCCGAUGAAUUUGGAGAGACAGAUGACCCUGUGAUGGACUCUUAUGAUAACGCUGUUGGCGUACUUGAAAAGGAUGAAACGCGUAUGAAUGCCAUUAUCGAUUAUUUCAACAAAAAAGAUGAUGAAGCAAACGACCUUGUGAAAGACGAUGACACUUUUAAAAAUGCGUAUGAUAUGUUGAAAGACUUAGGCUUAGAAAGUUGUUUUAAAGAACUUCUGAAAGAGGCUGCAUUGUUAUCAACAUCAGAUUCGUCUUCUAUAACACUUUCAAAGUGGAUGACUUUGGAAUGUGUCAGUAGAAUGGUUAUGUUUUACGAACUUGAGUGUAAAAAAGUCGAAGGGUUUGAACCAUAUGACGAUACAUUUGAUCUUUGUGGUAAAAAGGUCAAGUUAAGGGAGUUGUUCGAGAAGGCUACGAUCCCCGCAAAGUCGAUUGUAAUGGACGCGGACCUUACUAAAGUCAGAGAGAAAAGUGAGAUGUACAAAAACAAACUCGAGGCUGCAAAGGACCGACUCAACACGCGUAACAAGGAUGUCUCUAAACUCGAGGAGAGUAAAAGACAAGCAAAUGGACAGUCGAAAAUAUUAGAAGAAGCACUCAAUGGUGCAAAAGCUAAAUUGAAAGGGUUCCAAGAUGAUCUUGCAAAGUACCAGAAAGACCUUGAAAACGCAAGUAAAAAUGUUGUUUCAAUUGGAAAAGUAAAUACUGCCUUACCAGCUUCUAACGCUUCAGUCGCCAAAAAACAGGAAGUGUUACCACCACCAGGAACUCUUGCACCACCUCCAGGAUUGGCACCACCGGGUGGUCUUGCACCACCACCAGGACUUGAACCACCAGGAGGACUCGCCCCACCACCGGGACUUGCGCCACCAGGAAUGUUACCGCCACCAGCUCCACCAGGCGGUCUCGCGCCACCGGGAAUGUUACCACCACCGGGACUUGCUCCACCAGGUGGAAUGAUGCCACCUCCAGGUCUUGCGCCACCAGGAGGAAUGAUGCCACCACCAGGUCUAGCUCCGCCAGGUGGACUCAUGCCACCAGGAAUGUUACCGCCGCCAGGACUCGCUCCACCAGGUGGAAUGAUGCCACCUCCAGGAAUGGCACCCCCGGGAGGUAUGAUGCCACCAGGAAUGUUACCACCUCCGGGAGGACUUGCCCCUCCAGGUAUGAUGAUGCCCCCGGGAAUGAUGCCACCACCCGGAAUGGGAAUGCCAGGGAUGAUGCCCCCUCCAGGGAUGGGUAUGCCGGGAAUGAUGGGUGGAGCCCAAAAGCCGAAUUCCUUUGUCAUGACCCUUCCAAAGCCCAAAUCGAAAGUGAAGAAUUUCCAGUGGCAGAAGUUGAAUGACCGACAACUGAAUGGGACUGUUUUCUUAAAAAUGGACACAUUGAGUAAAAUACCAAUUGACUUUGAGUUGAUGGAGAACUCCUUCAAGGUAAUAGAAAAGGUCAAAACGGAGACAUCGAAAGAACCAAAGAAGCAAGGUCCUGUGUGUAUAUUGGACGCAAAACAGAAUCAGACGUUGACGAUUACAUUGAAAGGCUUUAAAGGGAAGACAGUAAAGGAGGUGUGUAUGGGUAUCAACAAGUUGGAUAAUACACUCUUUGAAGAGCCAGCACAAAUAAGGAACUUGAUUAAAGCAAUUCCAUCGACAGAAGAGAUGGAACCUGUCUUUGCGUACUACAAGGAGCACAAUGGUGACGAAUCCAAUAUUGGUGUUGCUGAACAAUUUGCUUACGCUCUUUGCCAAAUCAAGCAAAUUAGUGUAAAGUUGGAUGCGUUUGCUUCAAAAUUGGAGUUUCCAGUCAAGUUGUCUGAGAUUCGUCCUGACAUGAAGAAAGUAGACGACGCAUGUGACCAAAUCAUGAACAGCAAAAAGUUUUUGAAAUUGAUGGAACUUGUUUUGUUGAUUGGGAAUUACUUGAACCACGGAACUGCACGUGCGAAGUGCCACGGUUUCAAGUUCAACACAUUGGGGAAGUUGUCCGAAACAAAGACAAGUGACAACAAGAGAACAUUACUUGCUUUCAUUGCCGAGACCGUUGAGACGCAAUUCAAAGACGAAGUGUUGGGAUGGGAAGAGGAGAUGAGUGCAAUCGAACUCGCCGCAAAAGUUCCUGGCGCACAAUUUGAAGGUGAAAUUGGUGCUUUGACAUCACUCUUCAAAACUAUCGAGAAGUCAGUUGAAAAGGUUCCUGAAGAGCCCGACUGUGAGUUCCUCCCAGUCAUGAAGGCGUUUUUGCUUGCUUCCCAGUCUGACUUGGACAGUUUGAAGGAAUUUUUCACUACAAUGAACGAAAAGUAUGUCAAAGUUUUGGGAUUCUUUGUCGAAGAUACAAAGAAGCCACAAGCACCAGAAGAGUUCUUUAAGCCAAUUGCUGCGUUCAUGAAGGCGUGGAGGGACGCCGUCGAACAGAACAGAAAGAUGAAGGAAGCUGCUGAGAAGGAAGCAAAGAAAGAGGCGGAAAAGAAGAAGAAGGCGGAAAUGGCUGCCGCAAGAAAGGCGGGUGGAAAGGUCGACGCUUUGGGAGAUGUCUCCGUAAUGAAGAAGGAGCCUGUUGUCAGAAAGAAAAAGGUUGUCAAAAGAGUAGCCGAAGUUUAA